AUGUCCAUUUAUCAGCGCUUUUUCGAAGAGUCAAAUUCAGUCGAACCCAAAGUUGCCGGUCUCUAUGACCUUGGACCAACCAUAGGUCGAGGACACUACGCUGUCGUCAAGGUCGCCCAACACGUAUUCACAGGUGAAAAAGUCGCUGUCAAGGUUAUCGACAAAACUAAGCUGGAUGCACCUUCCCGCGAGCAUCUCUUCCAGGAGGUCGUCUGUAUGAAGCUCGUCCAGCACCCAAACGUUGUUCGACUCUACGAGGUAAUCGACACUGUAAACAAGCUCUAUCUGAUUCUGGAACUAGGAGAUGGGGGCGAUCUGUACGAUUACAUCAUGAAGCACGAGCACGGGCUCUCAGAAACACUCGCCAAGCGAUACUUUCGGCAGAUCGUCACUGCCAUCUCAUACUGCCAUAAUCUCCACGUUGUCCAUCGUGAUUUAAAACCUGAAAACGUAGUCUUCUUCGAGCAACUCGGAGUCGUUAAACUAACUGACUUCGGCUUUAGCAAUCAGUUUGUUCCUGGAAAGCAGUUGGACACAUUUUGCGGUUCUCUAGCCUAUUCAGCCCCUGAAAUACUUCUAGGCACAAAGUAUGACGCCCCUAAAGUCGAUAUAUGGUCAUUGGGGGUGAUCCUCUUUAUGCUCGUCUGCGGCCGGUUGCCUUUUGAAGAGGCGAAUGACAGCGAAACGCUAACAAAGAUUAUGGACUGUGAAUACCAACUUCCACCACACCUCUCUCCCCAAUGCUGUUCCCUUAUUUCGCGCCUACUCAUUCGUGACCCAGCCAAACGUGCCACGCUUGAAGAGGUCCUUCAGGACGAGUGGUUGCAAAUGGUUGAUGAGGAGUUGCCGAUCGGCCUUUUUUCAGUGCCCUUAAUAUCCCAGGAACAUCUCCAAUUCGAAGACCAUAUAGAAAUCCUGAAUAAAAUGGCCUCCGGUGGUCUUGCGUCUGUGGACGAGAUCCAGCAGGCCCUCGAUAGAAACGAGUAUUCUCACAUCUCUGCCACCUACUUUCUUUUGGCUGAGCGGAAGUUGAAGCGGAACUACAUUGAAGAAUAUAAAGUUCUUUCGGCGCAAGCAAAAGCUAUCGAACAAACAUUAAACCUACAGCAAAAAUCACAAUCUACAUGCCCUGUGGAGCAAACCGAAAAGCCACAGGCUCGGCCGGCAUCUCUGCCGAAAUCAAUUUCUGCGUCACUAGCUGCCUCUGGUGCCGAGGAGCGAUUACGACGUUUUUCAAUGAUUCUCGAAGACGAAGAGGAGAACGAUGAAGAGGUUGCGUCUGCAGCCACCGCUUUGUGUAGAAUGGAUCACAGGCUAGUCGAGGAAUUCACCUUCAAUGAAACCUCUGACGAAGCUUUGCUCAACGAAGAAGAAGAAGAACUUGAAGCGGUAGCUAGUCUUGCUUGUGUCCGCUCCGAGCUCCUGUCAGAUCACGAGAACAGUGACGCUGGUGUAAUAUCCGAUCUGCAUGGACUUGAUCACGAGACUACUAAGAAUUUUACUAGGGCAAACUCAAAAGUGGAUCUUUCAGAAUGGGUCUCAUCUGAAACUUCGCUAAACGUUGGAGCUGUUGGAGAUGCUGGCCGCCGAUCAGUCUCUUCCUUACUCACCUCCCGUCAUUUUCGUUCUACGAGACACUCCCUCCGUCCGCUAAUCUCAGUUAAAAGUAGCCCCCAGUUGCUUGAAUACAUUGCUGAGGAGGAUGGCGCCUGGAAAGUCUCCUCCGAUAAUGACGAUGGGCCGUCUAAACAGCCACCUGCUCUCUUAACUUCCAUAAUUAGGCAGCCGCGUCAGUCAACUAGUAAUAGGAAGUCCAUGAGUUCCAUCUACGCGAAGCGGAGUUCGAUGCCUCGGGCACGUAGUCCUCCGUGGCCUACUCGAAAACUGUGCUCGGGUUCCACUGCUAGCUUUAGCGCCAAUUCAUCACGCCCUGUUAGCGGCGUUAAUCUGUGGCCGGCACUGGAAAGAAAAUGGCGACAGUCGCCAUCGGGAGCUGGUAAUCUUUUCCUUACAACCCGCCACACCCCGAAUAGCCUCAUUCGACCCAAUAACACGACGUCUUAUCGAGAACAUCGCCGACGCAGUGGUCCUCCUAGUUUUUUUGUUUUGGGGCAGGGGAAUAACAGUGCCACUAACCACUUAAGUCUACUUCGUAUGAGCCUCAACUUUACCACCGGUCGGUCUAGUCUUGAAGCCUCUGAACGUGAACACCCGAGACCCUUAUUUGAGGUUCCUAUGUCGGCUUUGGAAGAAGCCCCAUCAACUCAAGAGGAUGAAAAAUCCCACAACCGAUUCAAUAUAUCCUGUCAAUCCGCCCCAAAUAUCCUCGACCACCUCUUUAUAAAACCCCCAGUCGCAUCUGAGGUGUGCGCGCCUAUUCGCGAGGAGGAAGAUGAAAACAGAAAUCACAGCCCAAUAAAAAAUGAGAGAAAAACAAAACCAUUGUUCACGCAAAUCUCGCUUACUGCCAAGACCUCACCUGCCGUUACGAAUGGCCAUCGAUUGUCGUCGGUAUGGAGUACCGCCACGUCGACUCACUUGCGGGCGCCAAAUCGACAGCAAAAUGGCCUCACUUCGUCCAAUUUUUCACUUGCCUCGUUGGCGAGUAGUUUACGUGAAUCACGCCACAUGAUGGAUGUAUUACGAGGAACCUAUGAACUGCAGAUGCAGUCACGACGGCGGACAGGCCUCUCCCAGGUUCAGACCGGCUCUAGUUUUGACGGACUGCCACCACCUGUCUCCUCUUUGGUACGCAGUUUAACGCUAAUCAAUCAAUCGGGGAUAUCUGUUUCAGCUAACGCCUCUCUACGAAGACCGCGAGUUAACGUCCCCCCUCCCGCCCUUCGACAAUCGUCCGCCUCUCCCCCUCCCAGAGUGUCAACAGCUCCCUCUACCACCGCAUUCAAGACUAAUUCUUGUAAAGAGUCCUCGUCACCAAACGGGGAUAUUCAUCAUGCAGUGUCGUCGGCGUCCUCAGAUUCAAUGGCAAUUGCAAAUUCCCUGUUUUAUCGUCCCCCGUCAUCUAACUCGCUCUCUGCCACGAAACUUGACUAUCCUCUUUCACCUCCCCCUCCGCCUCCAAUUCCUGAGGAAGGUUCGAAACCUGUCCGACUUUUCGCAUUUCCAAAAGGGAAAUUUAACCUCUUUUGUGAUAAAACUGCCGCUGGGGAUGGUGUCUCGCAAUUUCGUUGGAAAAAAUGUACGCGUAGAUCUCGGAAGAGUAGUAGAGAUAACUCCGCGACUUGCUGUCAAAUUUCGUAG